AGCAGUUAUCUGUUGCAACUUCGAGCAGUUGACCCAGCGGAGUGACUCAGACGUGUCGAGACGCUGAGCUGAAUGAAUUGGGUUCGCAUAGGGGCGUCUCCUCGUCAAUUAGCAGAGCGAACUCGUUUGUUCUGCUAAGUCCUCCUUCUCACGCUGGUUUCUGGAGGUGAAAUAUCUGCGUCUAAAUUCAGGAUUUUUCUUUUCUUUAUUCAGCUAUGAAGAUAUGAAAGAAUAAUAAUAAUAAAAAAAUUGUAUUAGUGUCACAAGUGAUGACAAGGUGAGACAAAGGCUUCUGGUAAAAGAAAAGAAGGAAAAAAACUGUUUUCUGUGUACAAAAUACAGGAAGUCAGCAACAAUGUCUGGUUCUCCACUCAUACGCUCUUCACCCUCAAUGAGUGAAUUAUGGGAACUGAACACAAUGGAGAGACGCUACUCCGUGCCGCCCUCCACGAUCUCAGAGCCGCGCCCGCCCCCGCCCACGCGCCCAGCGGGGUCGGCGCUGCUCACCGCCAGCGAGGACCUCCACGCCUGGUCCAUCUACCGCCAGAACCUCAACUCCGACUUCACGGACACCGCCUUGGGCUCUCAGGACAAGGCGCCGCUCCCCUACGGGAAUUUCCAGCUGCGGGAGUCCACCGUGCACUCCAUACUCAAUAAUCCCAGAUACGGCCCCAAGAGCGAACUCGGAUCCAACAUGUUCACAUACCUCAAGUUCGGCCUCCCGCGCGUUUUCCCCCCAACCGCUCGAGGGCGAGACGGGAGCAGCGGCUACGACUCAUAGAUACACGAGGAGCAAAAGUAACCCGGAUUUGCUCGCCGCUCGGGACUGGCACACACCGCCAUCAUCGAGAGAGGCCAGGGUCAAGAGUUCGAGUGAAGCCAACCUACUAGCUUCCGACGGCUUUUAUAGAGAUAGAAGAGCUAUUAGACCCAUUAGUAAGCUCGGCGGAUCACAGAUGUCGCUAGUUUCCCGCCAAUCUCGCCGGUCCAGACAACAUGGCGCCAUCUUCAACCAGCCCCCCGACGCCAACGGCUACCGCGACCCGCCCAUGCUCAACGACAAGCUGUUCCCCCGCGACAACCCCUGGCCGGACGAGGGCGGGAUGGGCGCGAAGGGACCCCACCUGCAGGUCCGCGGCUUGGUGUACGAGACCCGCGGGCGUGGUGGGCGGACUCACCUCCUCGACGGCAUCUCCCUGGAGGCGCGCGGAGGAGAGGUCCUGGCUGUCAUGGCGACCAACGACUCCGAGGGCUCGUGUCUGCUGGACGUCCUGGCCAACCGGCACGGGAAGUGGGGUGGGCGCCUCAGGGGGGACUUCAUCCUCAACGGACACCACGUCAAGCCGUCCAAGGUUGCGGACAGGUCGGCCUACGUGCAGCAGGACGUGAACUUCUGCCCAGACAUGAGCGUCAGACAAACGCUGCUCCUCCACUCCUUCUUCAGGUCAUCCGGUGACGUCACCAGGGUCAGGGAGGUCAAAGCCAGGAUCAACGGGCUCAUCAACGACCUUGGCCUCGAGCAAGUCCGCCACACGCGCGUCAAGGACCUGACCCUGAGUGAACGGCGGAGGUUGAACGUGGCGUGUCACCUGCUCCUCGAGACGGAUGUGGUGCUCCUCGACCAGCCCACGCGAGGGAUGGACAUCUUCGACACCUUCUUCCUGGUCGAGUACUUGAGGCAGUGGGCGUGUCGAGGAAGGAUUGUGAUCCUGACCAUCCAGCCUCCAACGUAUGAGAUAUUCACCAUGAUCUCCCGAGUGGCGCUCAUCUCAACAGGCCGACUCAUGUACUUCGGCCGUCGGAGAGAGAUGCUGCCUUAUUUUGCCUUCAUUGAGUACCCAUGCCCAGCCUAUAAGAACCCGUCUGAUUACUACCUUGACCUUGUGACCCUGGAUGACCUUAGUGCAGAGGCCAUGCUAGAAUCCUCCCAGAGGGUCGAGAUGCUGGCCGAGACCUUCAGGAGACGUCAGGAGGCCCUCAGCGACCCUGGCCCCCCUGGCCCUCUUCCACCCAAAGUCCGCAAGGAGAACAUCUGCAUGCAGCUUCUUGGGUUGUGGAUCCGUGCCAUGAUCUACCAGUUCCCAUACAAUAUGAUGCACUGGCUGGGCAUGACAAUGGUAGCGGGCAUCAUGUCUCUCCUCGUGGGUGCUGUUUUCUGGGAUGUGCGAAGCGCCCCGACGCAGCACCAGGAGAGCGUCAACAACAGGGCUGGAUUCCACUAUUCCAUGGCUGGUAUUGCUCUGUGGCCUGUGCUCCUCAUGGCCAUUUCGGAAGUUUGGAGAGACAAGCCAGCAGUAGCGAGGGACAUUGGAGAUGGGCUGUACUCUAGGGGGAUAUAUAUCGUAACUAAAAUAUGCUACAGCUUCUUAGCAGCUGGAGGUGUAUUUUUGGCAUACAUUCUCCCAGCUUACACUCUUGCUGGAUUCCCCUCAGCUGAGAAGUUCUACAUCUACAUUGGGUACAUGCUCCUGUACCUCUUUGCUGCUCGAUCUAUAGCCAUUGCCUCUGCCUGCCUGUUCAACACACGUCACAUGGCUGCUAUGUCCACAGGCAUUGUGCUUACAGUGGCCACAAUAGGCUCUGGCUUCACUGUACAUCCAUUGGAUAUGUCAGUCUGGACUUGGCCGACAUUAUGGUGGUCUCCCGUCAGGUGGAUACUGCACGAAGUAAAUCGCUAUGAAUUUAACAGCAAGAGCGAGUUCCUGUGUGACCGUAAUCCUGUUCUCCAGGAUUCUCUCUCCGUAAUCCAGAGAAAGGCUCCUUGUGGUGUUGUCACUGGUGCUCAAGCCCUAAGGUACAUGGGUCUUCCCGAAGCCUCACUCCCUGAUGUCUAUUACCCUGCUGUCUUCAUAGUUGUGGCAUACCUAGUGGGUCAGGUGGUCACCAUCAUCGCUUUCAUCUUGUGCAAGAAACCCAAUCGAACGAAGAAGUAUAGGACUGAGUAGAUUUUAUGUAUUAGUUUUAGGUUGUCUUUUUUUCUCUUAGCUUUAGCUAGUUAAUAUAAGAAAAGAAAUGUGAUUUUUUUGUAUUACUUUUGUAUGUUUUAUUGACUUUUUCUGAAGAAUGGUUUCAUUCAUGGAAAAUGCUCAUAUAUAUUAUGCAUAUACUUACAUUGUGAUCUGAUGACAAAAUGAUUUUGAAAUGCAUUUAUAUUUUAAUGUUUAAUGAGAAUUUAGUGUAGAUUUUACAGUUCUGAAUACAUCUUUUGUAUGGAAAUGUCACAUUAGCAGUAUUGUUGUUAUAUGUAACUUAUUAUGGAAUUAACU